UAUCUUACGUAUUUAUCGUGUACAACCUUGAUGACAGAUCUACCCAAAUACCAUAAACAAACACAAUUUGAUUAAAAAGAAUUUUAUAAGGGAUUUCAUAUAUUAAACAGCAUAAAUAAUUUCAAUAAUAAUUAUAGAUUAAAAAAUGUCUUAUGAAGUUGUAAAUGAAAAUGAAUUUGAAGAUUUUAAUGAAGAAUUACAAGAGGAAUCUUUACAAGAACCCCUUAAAGUUCUUAAAAAUGCAUGGUUAAAUGAGAAAUUUGCUCCUGAACUUCUUCCACAUAAGGAAAACCUCAUACGCUUUAUGAUGCAAUGUCUAUCAGACAUGGAGGAAAAAUUAGAGAGUUUAGAAAAAGAUGACAUUAGAAUUACAAUUCAUACCAUGGAAUUGAAUAGAAUAAGAUUUCUUAUAUCGAGCUACCUCAGGACUCGCCUUAAGAAAAUUGAAAAUCAUGUAAUACAUAUACUCAAAGAGCAUAGAAAUAAUUUAUUAAACAACUCUGAGGAGUUCUAUCUGACUGAGUCUGAAUUGAAUUUUGCCAAAGAUUAUUUCAUGAACUUUGAAACAUUAUUUCAAACAGUUGCUUUACAACAUAUGCCAGAAAAAUUAAGACAAUUCGAUUAUGAAAAUUUAUCUGUUGAUCCUAAUCUUCAAAGUCAAGUGUUUCUCACUGCAAAUAAAGAAAUUAAUGGAAUUGUAAUACCAGAAACAAUGGAAGAUCCAGUCACUUUUGAAGCAGGUUCACAGCAUAUUAUACAAUAUGGCGUAAUUUCGAAAUUCAUUAAAAACGGUGAUGUUCAAUUAUUAUAAAUAUGUAAAAAUAAUUCUGAAUAUUUAAUAUCUGUACAGUACCUUAGGAAAUACAAUGUAAUAAUAAAUUUAACUAAUUCCAAUAUUUUUAUAUUUAAAUAUAACGUAAUUAAAAUCAAAUAACUUUCUUUUUUUAUUCAUAUGGGAGGGUACAGGCCAAAAACAGUUAUUUUUGAAAUUGUCUUUUUACGUGAAAUUUUUAAAAAUUCAAUGCGAAAAUUCCAAAAAAAAGGUACUAAUUUUUUUUAGAAUUUAAACAUUAUAAUUUUAUUUUUAAAACUUUGUAUUUUUCGAUAUUUUUUUAAAUUUUCAAAACGUCACGCCCAUAGGUCUCGUCCAAAAGAAUAGUCGUCUCUCAUUAAAUACUUUCAAUUGUAAUUUAUACAAAAUAAUUAAAAACUGCAAAGGA